GUUGUUUUGCGAUGCGGCGUGCGCACUACGCAGUGUCAAGUGACAAGCGUUAGAAGCAACAGUACUGCGUCACCUGCAGCCGCUCUGUACAUUGUGACUUUUGGUCCAGGAAUUGCCGACGACACACGCUUACAGCCUGAGAUGUCUGUAAUAAAUUUGAAUCCACAGCAGUCAGAAACCCGGCGUGUGGGCAUUCGUGACUUGCCAGAUGAGAUUUUAUUAAAAAUCUUUUCUCACAUGCCAGUCAGUGAGCUCGUAGGCACUGUACAGAAAGUGUGCUCUCGCUGGAAAGUGCUGUCACAAGCUUCACAGUUGUGGACUGAUAAGGUAUAUAGAAUCGGGACCUGGUGUCGCAUAGGCACACGUAUCUGGAAGAGUGGAAAUCCAGACCAGGAGGCGAUAGAGAUUUUCCGCAGUGCUCCAAACUUGAGGAAGGUCCAUGUUUGGCGCCCCAUCACGUACAGUGUUCUCUGUACGCUCUACACCAAUUGCCACAGACUCACAGAGCUGCACUUGGAUGGCAAGCAAACACUCAGCAGCUCGGAGCUGAAGAACAUAGUUGAGCAGUGCCCCAGAAUAAAAUCACUGAGGGUACCCUGUGAAGUGAUGAAGUCUGAGGAGUCAGUAGAGGCACUGUCUCAUUUGCAGCACCUCCGUGUGCUUUGCCUGGGACAGCAUGAUUCCAGCAUUGAAACCCCCCUCGUGCUGCGACCGUUGGCUUAUAGCUGCCCGGAGCUAGAAGAAAUUGACUUCAUGCAUAGCUACAUCAAUGUGGAAGACCUAAAGUUCUUCCUGUAUGCCAAGAAGCACACACUUAAGACCAUAGGCAUCAGGUGGACAUUAGCCGGUAAUAGGUGCAUCCUCCCAGUGCUUGCAUCGUAUGCUGUCAGCUUGGAAUGUUUAAGGCUUUACAAGUUCAUUGUCUCGACCGUACCAGUGACAGAGGUGGAGAAUUUUACUGCUCUGCUGAGGAUGAAGAACUUGCAGGAACUUACAAUGACGGCCAUAGAGCCAUUUCCUGGCACAGUCGUUCUGGCAUUUAGGGACGGAGGGCUGCAGAAACUGAAAGUGCUGGAUCUACGAAGUUCAAAAAAUCUGUAUAAUGAAUCAGUUAUUGCCUUCUACCGUGCUUGCCCUGUUUUACGGGAACUCAAUCUGAGUUUUGUCAGUAUGCUGUCUGAUGAUGCCUUCCUUGAGAUCUACCAUCUGGAACAUCUUGAAAAGCUGGAUGUGUCAUAUUGCAGACGUCUCGGCGGACAGCUGAUCCCUCGCCUCACAUCGCUACCACAUCUUCAUACAUUAGUGAUGAAAGGGUUGGACCUUUCACAGCUGCAACCAGGUCUGGGCAGUAUUGUGGAGUUGUCCAAUUUGCGCUGUCUGACACUCAAUGAUUCCAUUGUUGCUGGAGUACCGUUUGAUAAGUUUCCGGGCAAGCUUGUCAGACUCAGGGAACUGAAUGUCAAAUGGUGUCAGGGUGUCCCUGAAGACUGGAAAAAGCUGACUGAGCAGAUGCCACAACUCAAAAUUGACACAGAACUUGCAGCAGAACAGAAUGUUGUUCCUGGCAGUUCAGGGAGAGCCCGUGACUGGCAGUAGUGGUGAUAGGGAAAGUGAAACCUAAGUUAGAGGGAAACAGAUACACAGGGUGUGAUCAAGAAGUAGUUGGACUGAUUUUCUGUAUACCAGACAAACUGAUGGAGGGGAGGCCAACUGGCUGGGAGUGGUGUGGUGUGGUGUGGUGUUGGGGGGAGGGGGCUGUGUGGCCCUUGGAGGGUGAGCACACUGUUUCUCAUGAGCUGCUGUCAAGUAGUGUUGCCACAACCAGUGUGUUCACUGAUAAACGAAAAGAGUCGUGUGCAGACUUCAACAGAACUUCAGAACUGUGUUAGAGAGAACUCACAUUCCCUCAGUAACAUGGUUACUGAAGCUGAAAUGUGGUGUUUCCAGUAUGACCAGGUGACGAAACACAAGUUCAGAAUGGCAUGUUAACUUGCUUCUUCAUCCAAGGAAGGCCUGGAUGAGCGAGGUGAAAACCAUGCUUCUGGUCUUCCUUGAUCAUUGUAGCAGCAUCAACAAGGAGUUUGUACUCCCUGGACAAACUGUGAAUGCAGUUUUACACAAAAGUGCUAGAGGUUGCAAAAAUGAGUCAAUGGUGCAACUGCACAUUGCCCAUUGCUGGAAGCAGCACCAUGACAAUACGCCAUGCCACACCAUGCUGUUUGCCACAUUUCCUCACCUGUCUACACCCCAGACGUGGUACUGCCGGACUUCUUUCUCUUUCCUCACCAGAAACAAGACACAAAGGGGCAGCAUUUUGAUUCCAUUGAAGAUGUCAAAGUGCUGUAACAAAGAUUCUUUUUUUUGAAUUGUGGUUUAUUGGUCUCAUAACAUACAUAAUCAAAAUCAUUUGAUUUAUGUACAGGAGACAUGUUAAAAGUUUGGAAACUCUGUGACUGUGAAAGUUUAUGGUAAAGACUACUACUUUCAGACAUUAUGUUUUUAAGGUUCUUUAAAGUCCUAAAAGAUGAAGCUGAAGUGUCAUUUUACGAACGCUUGACUGGAAAAAUGAAAUUUGUGACAACAGAUGAAAGAAGUUUUGUACCAGAGACUGAUGUUGUAUUGAAAUAACGUAAUCAAUUUCAAUUAAAAUCUGCUCGAAAUGCAAAUAUGUGUUCUUUCAAUUGUGAUUUGCAUAACUUCACAUCAUAUUAGCUGUUUAUCAGUCUUUUGUUGAUUAUUUUGAGUAUAUAACUAAUUGUUUGCAUUUCUUUAUCCUAUAGUACAUAGUACGAAGCACUGGCUAUUGUUGUAAUAUAUAUUGUGUUUUUCAAGUGAAUACCAAUAAAUGUCAGUGGCCCAGUUAACCACACUGAAUGUCUCAGUUAAGUGGACCACUUGCGACUGUUA